GUUUCAUCUGUUCUUGUUCUAGAGAAGCGAACUCUUUUUUUGUCUAAGGUGGUCUACCUGAUUACAUACGUCUACGUCAAGGAACAAGACAGGAACAUGCAGCUUCGCAGUCCUACCUCACGCACUACGGGUGGGGGUCCGAGGGUUGGACGGAAGCCCAGCACUGCGCAACUCGGUUAUCUGACUCCCCAGCACCCUUCACUCGUAAUGAAGCCGCUACAAGCACCGAAAUUUUCCCCUCGCAAUUUGAUCGACCAAGGACAGGGCGAGCCACAUGCACAAGCUUCGGCUGGUGGCGGUGGAGUUAUGACUGGUCUGGUUGUUCAAGAGGAAACAUCUAUCUAUGAUUUCUUCACGAAGCAGACGUACUAUAAGGCGUCUUGUUGUAAUACCAGGAACGAUAGUAUCAGAAACACAUACACACGCGGUGGUGUGUAGUGCUCUAUCUCCAUGAUUGCCUACAUCAGCCUGCUCUAAAAAGAGUGCCAGCAAAACUAACGCACAAGCCCAAUCCUCCGAUCCAGGUACAACAUAUCUUCAUGCUGAAGUGACUGGCGCUGGCGGGCUAGGAAAUUGUGCACGAAGCAGCAGUAAACUGAGGACCUCUGUAGGCAACUUUGCACCACAACCAAGGAUUGGGUUCAAAUGCAGCACAUUUUUUUAUGCUCCUAUAAAUCAAUGGAUGAACAAAGAGAUAGUGCAUUGCUUCGCUAUUACUAGUGGAGGUGUUGCAGCAGAAGGUAGUGUACAUAGGAAAGUGUGCUCCUAUGGCUCCACAUCAAGCUAAUACCCAAGAAAGAUGAAAGUGAAACACUCUAAUCCCUUGGAGCAGCAGGCGCAAACAAUACGACAAUCUUGAAAACCCGAGGAAAGCAGCAGCAACGUGCCCCGACUAUUGGUGUUCCUUCUGCCGGUGGAUUAAUUACAGCGAAUACCUCGAAUACGCUGGCAUCGUGCGCUGCAACCUCAUCAGGGCAUUUAGCGGAGGAUUUGCAGACUACGCUGAUCACAACUUAUGAUAAAUAUGCAGACUAUGCUAAUUCUGAUAACAACGUUCGUAAUCGUAUGGUUGAUUACUAUAAUUAAUCUUGCAGACUAAAAGCACUUCUAGCGAAAACAGUGUUGAUCCUCUCACUCUAACUCCCCACCAAGUCCAGCAUCAGCAGUAGUUCUGGAGGGCCAUCAACUACUGCGCAUGAGAGCAGCACAUCAUCUUCCUCGAGUGAGGAACAGGAGCUCGCUGCUACAUUAUCCGUCCUACAGCGAGAAAGGACGAGGCUGCUGCACCAAGGAGUAGCAUUGCAAAGAAAGUGGGAUAGCAGAAGGCAUUUACUUGGGCAUGAUCUGCAAGUGAUGGUAAAAGUUUUUCUUUUUCACUUUUGUUAUGAAGCAUGCAUUUGUUAUUUUUCACUUUUGUUCUGUGUAGCACCUCGCUGAGCGACAAUGAUGAAGUUUGCAUAUCGAAGAAGUAAAAUACACGACGACCAAUCUUCUUUUUUGUCCAACUAGUGUCUGUCCUCAAAAUUUUAUCACAUAUAUCACCUCCACUCCACUACUCCCCACACAGCGUUUCGUGCUCGCUCUUUGGCGCGCAGCUUGUUAUCGGCAUCCUGUAGAACUGGAGAAGCACUACCACGCUCUGGAGAGUGAGCAGAAUGAAAACGCCCAACUUUUUCGACGUGAGAUGGAUGCUGCUACAGCACGUUUCUUGACGGAAACACGAAGAGAGGAAACUUUGGUCGCUGCAAGGAGUGACGAACUGGAGAUUCUUAGUAAACGAAGACGGGAAUUUUAAGGCUUUGACGAGUUAUUUAGCUACUGUCUAAGUCUAGUAGGUAAGUAUAUGUACAACUGCUAUGAGUUCUUGUGCUGAGUUCUGCAAAAUGUUAAAGUUUUUUUUCUUACGAUGCGUGUCAGUCUCUAAGAUCAAGAUGUAGACCUCGCUACGGAAGAAGGAAAUUUGACACGCAAGUUGCGUGAAAAGGAAGCUUUGGUGAGGACGUGGAAGGACGCGCUUAAGCGUUCUGAGAAGAGGAAUGUAGUAGAUACAAGGAAAAAUGCGAGUGAAGGUGGAACGAAUUUUUUGGAUGUCAACCUUGGUCAACAGCUGAAUGAAAGCAGACGUACAUCAUCUUCUUCGUCCGCAACUACUGUGGACACGUUGCGGCAAGUGAAAACGCAGCUGCAAGCCUUGAGUUUUCAACUUUUGUCUGACCCAAAGUUACGACGUGUUGCUACGCCAACUCUCGGGUCGCGCAGCGAUCGCGUUACAGGCUUCAUUUCAGGCAGCCUAACGAAUCGGGGCCAUUCGUCAGCCGCUGCGCCGCGCCACUUUCGCUAUGCCUCGCCAUUGCAAAGUCCGCCUUUCAGAGCGUGAUUUUGGUGCCUAACCUAGUUGUAUAAAAAUUACAUCUCAACAGAGACUCUCCGUUCGCAUGUUCGACAAAACAACUGUUGCUAACAGUUAGACAGAUGUUUUUACAAGUACUGGACUCGUUUUUUAGGUAUAGCUCAUUGUGCUUCGUGUGAUGUGCAUGUUGUACGACUCUCGACACAGAAGUGUUUGAGCACUGGUGCGAG